AGGGGCUGUAAUUUGAGAGAAGCGCAGAGGUAUUAUUAGCCAUAAACCGAAGCGCGGCACUUGAGACUUCCAGAUGUUGCGUUUGAGGCACCAGGCUAAGCCGGGAGUACGACUGCUGCCCACGCUGAAACAAACUUUCAUACAUUGCCUUCCCGCUCGCCGACAGUGAUGGGAGCUGGCAGGCUGCAGUAAAGGACGAAAACUGGAAAAAAAAAAAAAAAAAACUUACGCCACUUUAUCUGCUUGGACCUAGAGGGACCUCAAAGAAGACCGAGAAAGCUGGCUGCGCGCUUUGGACAUUAACACUAACUGAAAUGUUUGUUUUUUCUGCCGGGUUGGGAUUAAAUAGUCGACCGGGCUUAUUGUUUCAUUAAUACAUCGUUUAAAACUCCUUUAUUUCCUAUUUGUGAGUACAUUGGGCAUCAAGUGGGCAUCAUGGCUUUUUUUCACUUGCUCUUGUUUGCCGGGUUAUCACUGUCGGCGUAUGGAGGCUUCUACCAGGGACCUUUACAUCCGGAGAUGUCUAACGGCACUUUCCAUCAUUAUUUUGUGCCGGACGGCGACUACGAGGAAAAUGACGACCCGGAGAAAUGCCAGAUGCUUUUUAAAAUGACUGACGAGCGAAAGUGCAGUCUCGGCGAGGACCAGGACGCCGUCAUACGGGACGAUUUCACCAUCAUCAAGAGGCAGAUUGAGGACUCUGCCAGGGUGCUUGAGGGGAUCGGGAAAAGCAUCUCGUACGACCUGGACGGAGACGACAGCUACGGGAAGUACUUGCGGAGGGAGACGACCCAGAUAAGCGAGGCGUUUACAAACUCGGAGAAAUCUCUGCUGGAGCUCGAGGUGAAAUUCAAACAGAGCCAGGAAGGUGAGCUCAAGGAGGAGCACCGGCUCAAUGACGAUUUUCUUAACAUGAUAGUGCACACACGGGACGUCCUGAAGGAGACGUUGGACAUUUCUCUGGGCCUGAAGGACAAGCACGAGCUCCUGUCUCUGAUCAUCCGCAGCCACGGCACGAGACUGAGCAGACUGAAGAACGAGUACCUGAAGUUCUGAAUGAAAAUAGUCCCCAAUCUUCUCAUUAAAGCAGCCCAAUAUUUUUCUUUUUCUUUUUUUAAUUAUUGUUAUUAUUUUUUAUUAUUAUUAUUUUUUAGUGGCGUGUGACCAUGAGACAGAGGCAGAGAGAAAAUUACAUACCAGGGACAUAAAACCAAAGCAUAAAGGAUCAGUACACCUUAACUAACAAACGUUUUUUUCUCACUAAAAAUUCUGUAGAUGACGAUAGUUUUGGGUGCAUCUGCCCAGGUUAAUUUUUUUUUUUUUCCUUUUUAAUAUGUCUCCAAAGCUUUAAAAGCCAAAGAAAGGAAUUUGAAAAGAGUGCAAUAUCAUAAUUGGCUUUGCAUUGUUACCAGAUCUCAGGGAGGAGCCAAAUAUGUUUCAAGGAGGUAACUGUUUCAGUUUAUGUUGGGCCCAUAUUCCAUAUUAAAGUUGGUUCCAAACUAAAAAUGUAGUGUGUGAGAUAUUCACAUCACACUGCAUACACUGCAGUAAUGGUAGAAAUAUCUGCAAGUCAUAUAUAAAAAUCUGGGAGUAUUAAAACUUAACUAUCUCCAUUUAAAGGUACAGAUAGAGGUAAAUGUGUUUUUAUUGUUAUUCUUAAAAAAAAAAUCUUGGACUGUAUCAACACAAUAAACCUUUUGUUUAAAUACACAAAAAUAUGAGGGGUGGGAAGCAUUCUUUAACUAUUCUAAUAUGAAAAAGCAACUUUUUUACCUGAUGCAACACAAUACAGCAAUACUAUGAUACAAUUUCUGAAGAUUUUUUGGCUGAUCCAGCAAACUAAAUACCAAACAAAUCAAAGUAUUUGAUCACAUUGAUGAAAAAAGAUUACAGACAAUAAAAAAAAAAAAAAAAUCUAGUAACGGCAGCCGGCUUUA